CAAGGGCAAGGACUAAACGAAGAAAACAAAAUACUAAUUUAAGUUUGAAUACGCAUGUGCGGGCACUGCGGCUUUAAGACAGCUGUUUGCGUUUACAGGCAUGGUGCAGCCCUCGCUUGGGAACGUCAUGACAGGGAUCACGUGUCUUUCCUUUAAACCCCGCCCUAUCUCUAUUAUCUCUCAAGGCUCAGCCAUCAGACGGCUGCACGAAGGCUGGGCUUGGGGGAGAGAUCUGUGGGGGUUCCAGUUGCACAUCAAGAAGACCAACAGGAAAAUCAGACAUGUGACACGCCAGAAAGGAGAUUAUAGAAAUAUAGACCCACAUAAAAGCCUGUCAGCUGACAGAUCAUGGGACUGAUACAUCGAAGUCUAAAAUGGAAAACUGAAUCAUUUUAUCCAUAAGGCUGACUUUGUGUUUUAUUUUUGUACACGGAACACACGACCGACCCGCAACACCCCUUUGGUUUAAAUAACAAGACACUGGUCUGUUUCCUUUGCCGUUGUCUUGAUGCAGCUUGCUCGUCUUUAUAACAACAAAGGGAUCUGGUAUGGAGUCUUGCACAUCUGCAAAGGUUAUUGGAUACUAAAGCUCACUGUUUACAUGAACAAAAGAAAACAAUCUGCAAUAAUUCUUGCAAAGAGAAAACAAAAAACGUUUACAGCAGCGUGCAAUUAAAUAUUAACCUUUUUAAUUGUUGUGUUAUUUUUUUUUUAUUUUUGGUUUAUAUCCUUUUGGACCAGUGGACGAUUUAAAGGGGUGUUUUGUUUUUCAAGCCGGUGUGCUUGCUUUCCUAUGGAAGUCGGGCAGAUACCGGUGUAUAUUGCGACAUCUGUUUGAAAGAAAGACUGACAACGCUACAAAAUAACAAUGAGGUCUUCGCUGGCGCCCGGCAUAAAACUGAUCACUUCCUUUUCAAGGGACAGUUGGUACCGGGGCUUCACCCUUUUUCUGACGUUCCUCUUCUACACCAGCUACCACCUCUCCCGAAAACCCAUCAGCAUUGUCAAGAGUGAAUUGCACAGGAAUUGCUCCAAUGUGAUCCAGCCUCUUAACUUUACCAGCUCCAACAAUGAGACGUGGUGUGACUGGGCCCCCUUCGAUCAGGAUAACUACCAGACCCUGUUUGGUGCUCUGGAUAACUCAUUCCUGGUUGCCUAUGCAGUAGGAAUGUUCUUCAGUGGGAUCUUUGGCGAGCGUCUCUCUCUCCGGUACUACCUCACGGCUGGGAUGCUGCUGAGCGGUUUCUUCACCUCUCUCGUAGGUCUCGGCUUCUACUGGAAUAUUCACAACAUCUGGUUCUACGUCUUCGCUCAGGCUAUGAACGGUUUGGUGCAGACUACAGGGUGGCCGGCUGUGGUCACCUGUGUUGGGAACUGGUUUGGAAAGGGAAAGCGUGGGCUGAUCAUGGGCGUGUGGAACUCCCACACCUCCGUGGGCAACAUCCUGGGGUCCUUGGUUGCGGGUGUGUUCGUGUCGUCGGCGUGGGGGCUGUCUUUCAUUGUGCCUGGAAUCAUCAUUGGGGUCAUGGGAGUCAUCUGCUUCUUCUUCCUGGUGGAAAAACCGGAGGAUGUGAACUGCAGCCUUCCCCAGCACCAUUGUGAACAGGACCCUAAUCUCAACUCUACAGCCAAUGAGGAGAUAUUCGGUAGCCCCUCCCACAGCCAGGAGAAUGGCUGCAGCCCAGUGGAAGCAGCCAUUGAGGAGCCAAAGGCCAUCGGUUUCAUGGCCGCGUUGAGGAUCCCGGGCGUGGUGGAGUUCUCUCUGUGUCUGCUGUUUGCCAAGCUAGUCAGCUACACCUUCCUGUACUGGCUGCCCCUCUACAUCGCUAACGUUGCACAUUUUGAUGCCAAGGGUGCUGGAGACAUGUCCACCCUCUUUGACUUGGGGGGGAUUUUUGGUGGAAUCCUUGCUGGUGUUGUGUCGGACUAUACAGGAGGCAGAGCCACCUCAUGCUGGGUCAUGUUAAUCGCAGCAGCUCCAAUGUUGUUCGUGUACAAUCGAGUUGGAGAGUACGGUCUCGGGACGACAAUAGGAAUGCUGCUGCUGUGUGGUGGUUUGGUGAACGGACCCUACGCUCUCAUUACUACAGCUGUAGCUGCUGAUCUGGGAACUCAUGAAAGUCUAAGAGGGAACUCCAAAGCGCUUUCCACCGUCACUGCUAUCAUCGAUGGCACUGGAUCCAUAGGUGCUGCUCUUGGUCCUCUGCUGGCUGGUGUGAUCUCUCCGACCGGGUGGAACAAUGUGUUUUACAUGCUGAUCACUGCUGACAUCCUGGCUUGCUUGUUCCUCUCCAGGCUGGUGUACAAAGAGGUCCGGGGCUGGUGUGGAUUCUACACGAGGAUGCGAGGGUUUAAAGAAAUCUGACACGUGCACCAAGUGUGAAUGUUCACGAAGCCUUCAAAUAAAAUGAACAAACUAAAGGGAGCAGCGAGGGGGUGGGGCUCUUUUGAUGCUGGACUGCUUUUAUUGGAAAGGCAGGAGUCAUGUCAAUCCUGGAUAAAAAGGAUCACAUCAAUGCUACUAGGAAAGGGGGAAAAGAUUAAAGGAACCAAAAAAAAUCACCGUUUUAGUGAUGAAACUGCCAUCUGCUGAACGUGCCUGCAAACGAUCAGUUUCAAUUAAUGAUGGAGUGUUUUUCCCCACUGAUGUCUUUCUCUGAUCUAUUGUAGCUGCAAGCCUUUUCUCAUUGAAAUGGUGCUAAGUGAAAUUCUGGUUUUGUUUUUUGUCCUCCUGCUUUAAUCAGGAUGCAUUUUGUUCAAGGUGUAAUUUAUGUGUUUUUUUUGUGAAAGGGAAGCUUACAGACGGCUCAUUUCAUCCCUUCCCUUUUCAAGAUCACAGUAAAAUUAGUCUUCUGCAUAAUUGUCCAGAUGUUUGUACAGUUGAAUAUCAGCAAAGUCUUCAUGGGUUUGUGUUAGUGUUGUGUUGUUAUUAAAAAGCCUAGAUGUUAACUUUUA